AUGGCUCCUACCCUCCCGCUGCCCUCCUUCCGGCCCACCGACAGCGACGACGGGCUCCCCUCGGUCUCCGCCUCCGCCAUCGUCGCCGGCACCGCGAGCGGCUACCACGUGCUCCGGGUCCAGGGCUACUCGCUCACCAAGUCCGCCCUACCCAACGGCAAGCACAUCCAGUCCCGCCCCUUCCGCGUCGCAGGCCGCACCUGGGCUAUCAGGUACUUCCCCAACGGCAACCGCCAGGAGAAUGCCGACUACAUCUCCCUCUUCCUCGUCCUCAACGACCUUGCCGCCGACGCCGUCGUGGCGCGGUUCGAGUUCAGCUUCCUGGACCAGGUUGAGAAACAACAGCGACCCUACAUAGCCAACUCCACGGCGCACAUCUUCCUCGGCAAGAGGGAGGCCCUGGAAAAAUCGGGCCGUGUCGACGACGACUGCUUCACGGUCAGGUGCAACGUGCUCGUCGCCAGAGAGCUCAGCACGGAGGACGCUGCCGUCGUUCCGGCGGACGCACCUCCCUUCGUCGUGGUGCCGCCGCCGGACUCGCCGCAGCACUUCCGCGCGCUCCUCCUAGGCGGAAAGGGUGCCGACGUGAGGUUUCUCGUCGGAAGCGAGGUGUUCCCCGCGCACCGGUGCGUUCUCGCGGCGCGGUCGCCGGUGUUCGACGCGCUCCUUUUCGGCCCGAUGAAACAAGGCGCCGCCGCCGCCACGGGCACGGAUAGCUGCGUGCGGAUUGAUGGCAUGCUGCCUCAGGUGUUCCAGAGCUUGCUGCAUUUCGUCUACACCGACUCGCUGCCAGAGGCGGAAGGGCAGGAUGACGUCGAGGCCGCCGCCGCCGCCACCACCAUGGCGCAGCAUUUGCUAGAAGCUGCGGACAGGUACGACCUGCAGAGGCUCAAGCUGAUCUGCGAGGGCAGGCUGUGCCAGCACAUUGAUGUGAGCACCGUGGCGACCACGCUGGCGUUGGCUGAGGAGCACUGCUGCCAAGGGCUUAAGCAGGCAUGCUUUGCGUUUCUCAAGUCUCCCAAAACGCUGGAAGAGGCCAUGGCAACCGAUGGGUUCCAGGAUCUGCACUGUUGGAGAAAGGCUUAUUAG